AUGGCUAGCACUGUUGGCAAGGCCGCUAUUGCGUGGGCUGCGGGAGAGCCAUUCUCUAUUGAGGAUGUCGAGGUUGCCCCCCCCAAAGCUCAUGAAGUUCGCAUUCAGAUUCUCAACACGGGCGUUUGCCACACGGAUGCCUACACUCUUUCCGGGAAGGACCCCGAGGGAGCUUUCCCUGUUAUCCUUGGACACGAAGGUGCAGGCAUCGUUGAGUCAGUUGGUGAAGGCGUGACUAAUGUGAAGCCCGGUGACCGAGUGAUCGCACUCUACACUCCGGAAUGCGGCGAGUGUAAAUUUUGCAAGUCCGGAAAGACCAACCUGUGCCAAAAGAUUCGUGCUACCCAGGGCAAAGGCGUGAUGCCCGAUGGCACUACUCGCUUCCGAGCUCGCGGCAAAGACAUUCUGCACUACAUGGGAACGUCUACCUUCACCCAGUAUACAGUUGUUGCCGACAUCUCAGUUGUGGCCAUUAACUCUAAGGCACCCACUGACCGUGCGUGCUUAUUGGGUUGCGGAAUUACUACAGGCUAUGGCGCUGCAACCGUUACUGCCAAGGUCGAGGAAGGAUCUAACAUUGCCGUCUUUGGAGCUGGAUGCAUUGGCUUGUCUGUGAUUGAGGGUGCAGUCAAGAACAAGGCCGGCAAAAUCAUCGUUGUCGACGUGAACGAUGAUAAGGAAGCCUGGGCCCGCAAGUUUGGUGCCACCGACUUUGUGAACCCCACUAAGUUGGGUGGAAAGACCAUCCAGGAGAAGUUGAUCGAGAUGACAGAUGGCGGGUGUGACUACACUUUCGAUUGCACAGGAAAUGUUGGUGUUAUGCGAGCUGCUCUUGAAGCUUGCCACAAAGGUUGGGGUGAAAGCAUUAUCAUCGGCGUUGCUGCAGCCGGCCAGGAGAUCUCCACUAGGCCAUUCCAACUAGUCACUGGACGUGUUUGGAGAGGCUGUGCAUUCGGUGGCAUCAAAGGUCGCUCUCAGCUGCCGAGUCUCGUUGAAGACUACCUUGAAGGCUACCUCAAGGUUGACGACUAUAUUACUCAUCGUGAAACAUUGGGUACCAUCAACACAGCCUUUCAACACAUGAAGAGCGGUGACUGUAUCCGCUGUGUCUUGGAUAUGGAGGCCUAA